GACUGUUCCUCCGCAUACGCUCGUCAGUCCGAAUAACGCGAUCGGCACGUACAUACGCGGCCUAACGAGACGAACACGCUUCUUACCCGCAACCAUUACACGGCGUUUUUCAGUAUAUUUUUAGCGACUUGUGCCUAGCGACAACGAACGCUCGAGCUUUUCGAUUCGAUACACAGUAUUCAAUUGUUUUUUUUACCUCUUGACCACUGUCGUCGAUUGGCAAAGUCGUUGUUCAUCACACGAAAUCGCCCAGUGUUACAUUACAUAAUAAUUGUAUUAUUAUAACAAUAAUAUUGUAUUUAUACACUUAUUAUUAUAGUACCUAUAUUGUUAUAUAAUAACCAGUGUGUUGUUUUGUUUUCCGAUUUGGUUUUUUACGCAACUCGCUGAAAUUAGCCAACGGUAAAUCAAUUUAUUAUUUAUUAAAAACUAAAUAAUAAAACGAGUGCGUCUCAGAAAUAUUUACGUAAACAGAAAAGUUUGACAAUCUACGUGAAAAAAUGACCAACUCGUUGUUCAACAGUGGAGAAACAGUCGCCAAGACACAGAAUCGACCGCGCGCAGUGGCCACAGAAGUGGAACACUGGUGGCAAGAGAUGGUGUCGUCGACGGGCAGCAGCAACAGUGGGAGCAGCAAUCAGGGAUCCGUGUCAUCGGAACCCAGACGCCGCCAGGGACAGGGUCGUCGCGGGGGCGGUGGAUCUGGUAAGCAGCAACAGCAGCAACCACAGCAACUGACUGACGAUCAACAGCCGUUGCCGCCCCAGGCACCGAUGGGCUCGCGAUACAAGACGGAAAUGUGCCGUCAGUACAUCGAGAAAAUCAAGUGUGCGUACGGCGACAAGUGUCAGUUCGCUCACGGUGAACAGGAUCUGCGCCCGGUGUUCAGGCAUCCCAAGUACAAGACAGAACCGUGCCGCUCGUUCAAUUCAGCCGGUUACUGCCCUUACGGUCAGCGAUGCCAUUUCGUGCACAAGGGCGACGGUUACAUACAGCCAGCGUCGCCUGCUUCGCCGCCGCUAUCCACCUCAUCGUCGUCCGGCAUCGGCAGCGAUGGUUCGCUGGCCGACCUCGGGCUCGGCAUGCUUGACAGCAUGUUCACGCCGCCGCAGUCGCCCGAGGGCCGAUUACCAGUGUUCAACAGGCUGUCCGGCUCUCCACCGGCCACAGGUGACGUGUUCUCGUUCCACGUGCCGGCCACAGUCGUACCGCGCCGCCUCAGCGAACCCGAACCAGAUUUUGGUUUUUACGGGUUCUGAGCGUCCCCCACCCCCCGCCCAUCGGCAGUUGCCACAUUGUUCUAAUUUUUUUUUAUAUAUACCAAAACGUGAUAACAGUCUUGUACAUAGUUUAAAUUAUAUUUCUCGUUAAUUAAUUUAGUAUUUUUUCUUUUUUUUUUACAACUUUAACGGCGUUCGUUUUACAGACAAUUAUUAUGAUAUUAAUCUGAUGUUCCGAAUUUUUAUACUUACGCUUAACUUAUGUAAUAUUAUUAUGUCGUAUAUGUACUGUAUAGGUACUAUACUACUAUACUAUUUAAUCAUUCCUAUCGUAUUCGCACACACACAUACUCUCUCUCAUUCUCCCUCUCUCCCCCACUCACCAAUUCACUCUCCCUCGCGCGUGAUUAAAAGAAAAAGAAACGAAAAGAAACCGAUAACCAUACGCCCGUAACGAUUUUACUCGAUUUAUUCUUAUUAAUUAUUAUUAUUACUUAUUAAUUAUUAUACUCGUAUAUUAUUAUUAUUAUUAUUAUUAUUAUGUUAUUUAGCAUUAGUUUUGGUCCGCGUUAACCGGUGCACCCCGUCGUACCGCGCGGGGUGCCGUUAUUUUUAUUAUUAUUAUUUUUAUAAUUAUUAUUAUUAUUAUUAUUAUUAUUAAUAUUAUUUUGACUGUACGUAUAUGGACGUGAUUAAGUUUGGAUGGUCGUAAUCGGUGGGUUAUAGGCGUUCUACGGGGAACAUUUCUGGGAGAUAAGGAACCGAGCGCAGCGUCUGAUUGCUACCGGAAACUGGCCGGAAGUCGCGUUUUUCGGAUCUGUAUCGGUGUACGUGCUAUCAGACCACUGCGCUCGUCGCCACUCGCGUUUUUCUCAGAAUUUGUCCUUUAGAACGGUACUGCCCACCGAUCACGUCAGUACGUAUUGCGUUCGUAUGCUUACGUCAAACCAUUAUUAUUAUUAUUAUAAUUAUUACUACAUACUUUCAUCAAACUGACUUCAAUGUUAUGAUUAUUAUUAUUAUUAUUAUUAUUAUUAUUACUCCUCUCUUUUAUAACUACUAUUCACAUAACUUAACUAAAAAAAAAAAAAACUGUUUAUUUAUUUAAUUAUUAUUUUUAAUAUUAUACGCACGCUGACCGACUCGCAUAACAACUUUAAUAUUAUUAUAUUUAUUGUGUACAUUUAAAUAUACAUGCCACGCUCAACGUACCUACCAUACGCGCCAUCCAUUCUAUGCAAUGGUAACGCGUGUAAACCUUACGGCGCAGGUGUGUGUGUGUGUGUGUGUACAACACAGACGCCGGUAACGUUUGUUUUUUCAAUGUUUUGUAUUAUAAAAAUUAAACAUUAUCAACCCGUUUUGUGAGAACUCAAUCAAUUUAAUUUAUACAUUAUUAAUGUCUGAUCCCGUGUAAGUUUGUAAAAAAAAAAAAAAA